AUGGCUGAACCUCACCCGCCCCGCUUCGCGGUCGUUGGAUGUGUGCACGGCUCACUCAACCAGAUUUACGCUGAUGUCAAGGUUGAGUGUGAAAAACGAGGCUGGGACACUGUCGACGCAACCUUGCGCAAUUGCAAUGACGCGACGUGCAUCAAAAUGCCUGACAAGUACAAAAAACUUGGUGACUUCGCUCAUUAUUACUCCGGUGAGCUCACAGCUCCCUAUCUCACUAUCUUUGUGGGCGGAAAUCAUGAGGCAAGCAACUACCUCCGCGAGCUUCACUAUGGAGGCUGGGCAUGCCCCAAUAUCUACUUCCUGGGAGCCGCAAAUGUUAUCCGCUUAGGACCUGUCCGUAUCUCAGGAAUGUCUGGUAUCUGGAAAGGCUACGACUAUCGUAAGCCUCACUCUGAGCGCCUCCCAUACAAUAACGAUGAUCGAGGGAGCAUCUACCACGUCAGGGAGAUUGACAUCCGCAAGCUGCUCCAGGUCCGCACCCAAGUGGAUGUUGGUCUGAGUCAUGACUGGAUUCGUGGUAUCGAGAACUUCGGUGAUUCCAAGGGUCUCUUCCGGAGGAAACCUUUCCUCCGCGAGGAUUCAAUGACAGGAAAACUGGGCAACAACGCUGCUCUUCAAGUUGUGGAACGUCUUCGGCCUCGGUACUGGCUGUCGGCCCAUCUGCAUGUUCAAUUCGCCGCGACUAUGCCCCAUGAUGGCGUUACCUUACAGAAAACCGAUCCCACCCCUGGUGAGCCUGUUGAGUGGGCUGUGAUCGACGUCGCCGGUUCGUUGACAACAACUGUCCCGGCUACCCAGUCUCAACCAUCCGCUUUUAUGGAUCUCGACAGCAAUUUGAACAAUACGAUGUCGUCCCCAGACACUGUGGGUAUUAAUCCUACCUCAACUGCCUCCGAUCCCGCAUUGAACGUCAAAUCUCCCGCCAUCGGUGACAUGGCAACGCGUCUUGCUGGUUGGAACAAUUUCCAGCCAAUUGCUCGCAAGGCCGAGGUUGAUGCAACGCUCAAUCUGCGCGAGGAACUUCAGCAAGCCGGGUCUCGGACUGUGAAAGCUCCUGAGACUCAGUGGAAGCGUGUGACCUUCCAUAAUGGUGACCGCCGAGUUGAUCCUGCCAUUCGCAUGGACACUGCCUCGCCGUCAAAAAAGCUUAAGGUCGAGAACAAAGAAGAGAUCGACCUGGAGUCUAGCGAUGAUAAUCUUGACACCGUCGGUAUUGAUUCUACCGUUCGCAUGAACCCUUCCUCGCCGUCAAAGAAGCUUAACGUCCAGAACGAAGAAGAGAUCGAUCUGGAGUCUAGCGAUGACGAUCAUGAUGCCGUCGUCCCCCAAGAAUUGCUUGGUUCGCAUCAGAAUGCCAAGCUUCAGAACAACGAGGAGGUCAGCCUGGAGUCCAGUGAUGAGAGCAUGUCGUCUCCAUCUCGAAAGGCCCCUCAGGGUGUCUCCAUAUCGGGCCAUGUUGAUGUGAAAACCGAGCCAAUGGGUUUGUCUGAGAUUACUGAUGGCACCGCCGAAUCUAGAUCCCAUGUAGAUCAGGCCAUACGCAACAGUCUCCCGGCCAGUCUCUCUCGCCCGGUUCCUCCCCCACCUCGAGAAGUCAAAAUGACUCACCCUCCGGCGAUUCACAAUAAGUUCACUCGAUUCUUGGCCCUUGACAAGCCCAACAACCACGAUCCGUACCUCCAGCUUGUGGAAAUCCAUCCCGUCUCGAACCAGGAAUCUGUACAGUAUGAACGACCUUAUCAUCUGCAAUACGAUAAGGAAUGGCUUGCAAUUACUCGUGUCUUUGCCGGUGAUAUCCGCAUUGGCGAACCGACCAUCCCCGUCCCUGUGAAUCUAGGGGAGGAGGAGUACCUCCGCAGGAUUCUGGAAAAUGAGCAAUGGGUUGAAGAAAACAUCGUGCAGAAGGGUCUGAUGGAUGUUCCUUACAAUUUCGAGCAUAGCUCCCCAAAAUACGAUCCUUCCGUCCCAAUCACCACUUCAGAUCAGCCCCUGGAGUACAGCAACAUCCAAACCACGAAGUUCACCGAGUUGCUCCAGAUUCCCAACCCGUUCGCGAUAUCCGAGGAGGAGGCAAUUGCCAGAAACGAUGCCGGCCCUCGUCCUAUGAAUCAUCGUGCUUUCGGUGGUGACCGUGGUCACCGUGGCCGAGGCCGUGGCCGUGGUGGACGUGGUGGAGGACGCGGCGGACGUGGCGGUGGUGGCCGAGGCCGUGGUGGUAAUCACUGA